AGAUGGAAGAGGAUGUGACAGACAGUUUGGUUAAGGGGAGGAAGGACAGGGAGGUUGAUGGAAGAAUGGACUCACAAGUCAGUGGCAAGAUGAACAGACACGUUGAUGAAAGAAUGGAUGGACAAGCUGAUGGAUGGAUGAACAGAGGGGUUGCUGGAAGAAUAAACACACAGGUUGCUGGAAAGAUUGAUAGACAAGUUGAUGAAAGGAUAGAUGGACAAGCUGAUGGAUGGAUGAACAGAGGAGUUGAUGGAAGAAUAGACACACAGGUCGAUGGAAAGAUUGACAGACAAGUUGAUGAGAGGAUAGAUGGACAAGCUGAUGGAUGGAUGGACAGAGGAGUUGAUGGAAGAAUGGACACACAGGUCGGAAAGCUGGACACACAGGUUGAUGAAAGGAUAGAUGGACAAGCUGAUGGAUGGAUGAACAGAGGAGUUGAUGGAAGAACUGACACACAGGUCGGAAAGCUGGACACACAGGUUGAUGAAAGGAUGGAUGGACAAGCUGAUGGAUGGAUGGACAGAGGAGUUGAUGGAAGAAUAAAUGCACAUGUUGAUGGAAAGCAGAAUACAGGUGUUGACGUUGGUGAAACGAACAGUAGUGAAACUUCCUCUGGUCCUAUUAACCAACACAUGGAUAGUAAAAUAAGUAACAGUGUAGGAAGUAAGACUGGGGAGAAGGCAAAUGUAUCUGUUGACGUUGAGAAAGACAGUACAGAGAAGCCAGUAUGUGUUUUUGAUGAUAAAGCAGAGUUAGACAACUCAGGUGAUGGUCCAGGAAGGAAGACAAUGAAGAGGAAGAGUGAGGAGUCUAUCACGCUCGGUUAUGUAGGGCCAAGUGAGGGUAAAGCAAAGAAAAUCAAGAUGGGAACGUGUAUAACAGGAGAGAUGGUAGGGUCAGUUGGGACUGUCUGUCAGUCGAGAUCUGAUGUAUCAAACACCCAGGUGAUGGGGGUGAGUAUUCUUCAUCUGGAAGUACGGUCAUCAGGCAGUAGAGACUCAGAGGGAGAAACUGAAGAAUCGAAGGUUGCAUCAGACAGGAAGACAGGCUUUGUGCUACCUGGGAAACAGACUCUUUGCAAUCAAGUCAAGGGGUCACUAAUUCCCAUGAGUGUUAAAAGCAAGGACAGACAUUUGAAUAAAAGACAACAAGAAAUCGUUAAGGAGAAUAGAAGUAACAGUAACAAUACAGCAAAGACAACAUAUGGCCAGCCUUUGGGUAACCAUUGCGAUAAAGGCAUAAUGUCAGCAACUGUAGGAGAUGUGGGAAGUCUGCCCAGUGUAAUAGCCUCUUUAAAGGCCAGCACUGUUGCUCCUGGUCCGAAAGAAGUCAUGGGUCUGUCACCUCAAGAACGAGGCACAGAAAAGGAAAAAGACAUGUCUCUGAUAUCACCUCCUCAUCCUCAUCCGAUGAAGAAUAUUACAACUCCUCCCCAGAAACUGCCGGCUGAUAACUUGCCAGCCUCUGCUGUCCUGUCGCCAGGGUCAACUGUUGCCAGUAGCGACGUGUUCCCAGUGUCCUGUCGGGAACUGGUCCGGAGGAUGUUGGAGAGAGAUGCCAGGGAGAAACAGUCGAGGAAGGACAAUGGCUUGCUCCAGAAAGAGGCUCCAAGUGAUUACAUUGCUAUACCCGUUGGAAGGAUACAAGACUUCAGUGAAAACCUUCAACUCAAGGAUGUGGAAGAGAAAACCAACAGAACGCUUAACACCCAGACUCAUACAUUUGUGCAGCCACAAGUUCCCCCAGCUCCAAGACCUGUUGCCACAUCCAAGAUGGCUGACCUCCCUACCCUGGUUGAGAACGGGGUGCUGACUCCUGGCAAGGGUGUUUUGUCAGUCAGAGCAAAGGGCAAAGUGUUUCGGGCCAGCUUGAGCAGUACGGGUCACAUCAUUGGUUCUGGGGGGCAGGUGUUCCGCACACCCAAGUCCUGGUGUCAGGCAGUCUGUGGAGCUGUGACAGUCAAGAAGCUGCAGUCUUACAACAUGGUACUUUACAAGGGGCAUCCGUUGUCAUCAUUUGUGGUAGAAAGCACAGAAUCUUCAGGACACAAAGGAAUAAGAAGCCAGACAGACUGUUAUGGCAAACCUGUUGUGUCAUCAAUUACCAGAUCCCUGAUGACAACAGACAAAUCAACAAGUCUACCCAGACAGUCCUCCGGUGUUUCGUCCACAACCAUUGCAGCCAACAAGGUUCGAACCAGGCCACUCACUCACUCAUUUACGAAGUCUCUUGCCAAAAGAACAGGAACCACACACCCUAAGACUUCCCCAGCAGCAAACAGGCAAACUGGUAUCACUUUGCCAGUUCCACUCCCUGUGACCCGAACAAAUAAGAGCUCAGUUGCUAAUGGUGAAGAGAUGGUUGCUAAGGGCAACAAGGAAACCAGUGCGUCCAUGUCAGAGUUGUUGAGGGUACUGUGGAGAUGUACCAUCAAGCUGAUUGAUGAUGCAGAGAUUGUCCGCUGUCCAGAAAUGGAUAGUACUUUCUGGAUGACUAAUUUUAAAGAUAUCAGAUUGUCAGACAGUUUGUGGGAUUCUGUUGAUAGUUGGAAAUAAGCAUUAAAUAACAGUGGUCAGUUUAAUUUUAUCAAUUGUUGGAGAUACUUGUUUCAAUUUACUUUUUUCAAUGUUAAGUUUCCAGAAUUAUGUAUGUUUAAAAAUAAUAAAUGAUUUAUAGCACAUAAUAUUCCAAGAUAUAAUACUUUGAGUUCAAGUACAUGUAUCUGCAUUUCACAAUGGCAUCGUACGCUUUAUUAUUUAAAUUCUAUUUUAAACCAAUGAGGUGAGGUGAAACACCCUGUCCAAGAUUAUUGCGUGCGUGCGU